UCUUUCUUAGUGUUUAUUUUAUUUAACACUUGCAUUUUUUUUUUCGACUUGCAGGAGAAGAGUUUAGUGUUUGUGAAGUAGCGGCGAAGUGACCAAGGAGUGUGGUGACAACAUGGGCGAUACUGAGGUGAUAGAGAAGCUAAAAGGGGUGCCACAGCUCCUAGCGGCCACAAAGAGGUCGAGUAGAGCUGCCGGCAUCAACACAGCACUAGAGGUUGUCAACAGAGAAGAGUUGCCCGAGGUAGUGGUGAAAGGAGUUUCCCGGCUGGCUGUGCAGGUUGUACAAAAUUACACUGAUGGUCCAUUACGAAGCAAACUGCGGGAGUUGAUCUACACUUUAGCCAAGAAGCAUGCGGCAGCCAUCCCAGCGCUGGCUCUCUCACUGCAGCAUCAGGCCCAACAACAUGCAUGUGCUCCUCAUUCAUCCCGUGCUCUUGCUCGUGUCCAUAUAUCCCCAAUGGAAGUGGCUGCCAAAGUUUGGUGUAUAGCAGUGAGUGCCAAACAUCCUCUCAGCACUAAAGAAGCAACAGCACUGACAGAAGCCUUAGCUGUCCACUUUGCUCUGACAGUUGCUGCCAAUGAUGUGAUCUUCACCCGAAGAGCCAACAAAGCAGUUGGUUUUUUCUUGGAGGAUGAGGCACUUCUGAAGGCUGUAUGCCAAGCUAUAAUAAGCGGUGAAGUUACCAUUCAUCGAGUUAUCUUGGGUGGCCACUUGUUGCAAAUAAUGGCUGAGGCUAAACUAAUGCCUCCAAUUGACAACUUCAAGCAAGCUCUAACAGAAGCCUAUGUCAAACAUGUUCUGCAAUCAAGAAAUAAACCAUGGCCAUUCAUACUGGAACAUACACGACCCCUUCUGCGACAACUGACACACCAAGAAUUCUCAGACAUGGUACUGCCAGCUGCUAAGAAGUCUCUUCUGCGUAACCCAGAGGUCACUCUCCAGGCUGUGGCUUACCUCUGCUCUGGACUUAAUCUUGAUCUUAGCAAAUAUGUGGUUGACAUUACCAAGACACUGGCAAGCCCACUUCAUGCAAAGGAGGACCAAGUUCGAGAUGAUACAGUUGAAGUUUGUCGGCAACUGGCAAAACAAUGUAGUGAUGUUUCUGCUGUUGAAGGCUUUGUGAAGCUUCUGUUUGAUGUCUUUUUUGGUUCUGAUGGAAAACUUACUGUUGCAACACAUAAGGUGUCAGUUCUUCAGGGUGUGGAAGCAGUCAGUGAGCACAGUGUUACAGGAAGCAGUGCAUAUAUAUUAUCGAUGACUGUAUUGGAAAAAAUGGUUAAGGUUUUGGAGACUGAAAGCCACGAAGGAACACUAGUGCAGGCACUUGCAGCCCUUACAGCAUGGUCAACCAAGUUUACAACAGAUAUUCCUCAGAAACUUCUUGACUUUUUACCAAAAGGGUUGAUGUUAAAGACGUCUACAACCAGUGUACGAGCUGCAUACCUCCGAUGUAUGCUAGGAUGUGUGACCCCUUCAAAUGCUUUUAAAGCUGCAUGCAUCAUUCCCCACUUGUUGACAGGCAUUGAUAAAGCUCUAGGCCAGAGUACACAGAUUUUGAUGUUAGUUGAAGUCCUAACUUCAUCAGUGCUGCUGCUGAAGUUAAGUGCUGCUGAUAUUAGCUUGGAAGAGAAAGUUGCUCCAGUGUGGAAUACUGCCCUUGAUCUUCAAAAGGGUUACUUCACAGGAGAAAAGUUCUUCACACAAUCUCCAGAGGAUGGUUUGCUACAGCUGGUAAUGUGGUGCGAACUCCUUCUCUCUCAACAUACUGGUCGACUUGGCAAUGAAAGUCAUGCCAUCCAUCAGGCAAUUGUGUGGUGCCUUGUAUGUUCUCAUUCAAAAGUCCGAAUAUCAGCUCAGGUAUCUACGAAGAAACUUGUUUCAUCUUUGGGAGGAGCAAAGUUAGCUGCAGAUCUUUUGAAGACUCUGUCAGCCAUGACUGUCAACUUCAAAAUUCAAAAAACAGAGGAACAGGAUGCUGGGGGAGGAAGUGGAGGGGGAGAGCUGAGCCCGGCUGGGGUGGCUCAAGCUCUCACCACCAUUAAUUCUCCCAGCAGUCAUGACAAGCAACAGAAGGAACAGUUGGCCCUCUUAGCCCUCCCUACAGCCUUCCACCCAUCCCUUGUUCGUGAAAACCCAAAUCUAUGGGAGCAAGUGUGUCGCUCUCAAGGAUUAAAAGCAGAAGAUGUGAUAGCCAGUCAAAAGGAUAAACUUGUACAGCAAUUCACAACAGACUACAGUCCAUCACCAAUUAAUGAAGAGAUAUUCUCGGGGCUUUGUCGUCUUGCGGGUCGAGUCAUAUUACCCCCUGUUGUGGACUUCGUUUUUAGUCGAUUAAAUAAUACCAAGCUAGUGCAGGUGACUGAUGUGGAUUACGCCAUAUAUAUGACCCCGGAGGGAACAUUAUACAAUCAGUCAGUUGUUGAAAAAGCAUUUGAAGAUCAUCUUAACAUUAAGAAUGUUAAAAAAUCCAACAAGGUAUAUAGCCACAAAGAACAGAUAAUGAUGCUAGAAGAACGGAAGAAGGAAUUAGAGAAGAAAAGGAAAGAAGGAAGAUUGGAAUUAACACCCAAGCAAAAAGAAGUAUUGAAGGCACAGACAGAGAAAGAAAAUGCCAUUCGGAAUAGAGUCAAAGAUUUGUUGGAAAGUGUAACAAGUUCAGUUUCACUACUGGAGGCAGCAGUAGUGGGUAACGUAGAGGAACUGUCUCCACACUUCACAACCUUAAUUCCACUCCUCACUUGGGCUCUUAGCUCUACCCUAAUAGCUCCACAGAUGUGCAAUUUAUAUGUUAGCCUACGCUCUGCAGUCUUCGAUUCAGAGGAUGAAGUUUAUGCACACACCCUGGCCCGCACCACAGUGAGAGUGUGUGAGCCAGCCAUGAAGUUGCCAGAGGACUGGCUUGGAGAACCUCUGGAUGAUGCAGUCCUAAGAACAUUAAAGAUGAUCCAUACUGCUACUGUACCAAAGAAGUCCGCUCAAGAUGAUGAUGAGGAAAAGUACUACUGUGCUCCUGGCUUUGUUUAUUGUUUCCCAUUCCUGGAGUGGGUGUUGAAGAAACGACUGGGAGGUGAUGACAAGUUUGAAGCAGUGGCAAGUCAGGCAUUACAAGUGAUUAGUGAACAUAUGGCUAUGAGAGGAGCUGAUGACAAUGAUCUUUUCCAUCCACGCUUCCUGCCACGCAAACAGCUUCUUUCUCUCGUCAUAAAUGUUAUUAGUGAAAGUACUGGCCGAACACAACAGAAUGCCUGUGCUGUCCUACAGGAGGUGUGUCGAUGUGGCUCAGGUGAAAUUGGCUGUGAUACUGCCUCACCAGAAGAGAUUUCUGUUCUUCUUGACACACUUCAGGCUCCAGCACAGUCUGUCAGGGAUGCUGCAUUGAGGGGACUGUCUGUUGUUGUGAAGUCACUACCCAAAAUUGAAACUGAUAUCGAGGGAUGGCUACGUGUAGCCCACAGACUUUGGGUAGCAAAACAUGAUGUAGCUGAGGAAGUUGCUCACCUGGCAUCUGAGUUGUGGACAGCUGCCAAUUUGGAGGCAGAUGGAGCACUGAGUGAAGGCAUUUUAGGAGAUGUGGUACACCCAGUGAGUGCUGUACGGGCAGCUGGUGCAGCUGCUCUUGCUGCAUUAGCUGAGGAUAACCCAGACCUGGUAGCACCUAUCACACUCCAGCUAAUUGAGAUAUUCAAGGAAAAGACCGAGAUGACUCCAGCCGUGAAGGACCAGUAUGACCGUGUUGUUAUGGAAGCUAUUGACCUAUGGGAAGGUCGUGCUGGAGUAGCGUUGGCUUUAAAGCAACUAGCACCCCUAUUACAAGCUGACACUGUUGUCACACUUGCCAACUUCUUUGUACCUGAUGCCCUUGGUGAUCGUAAUACUGAAGUUAGAAACAAGAUGCUUGAAGCUGCCAUGGCUGUCGUCAAUUCACAUGGAAAGGAAACUGUGAACAGCCUCCUACCUGUAUUUGAGAAGUUCCUUAACACUGCACCCAAUCAUGCAAGCUGUGAUGCUGUGCGACAGAGUGUUAUCAUUCUAAUGGGUUCUCUAGCAAAACAUCUGGAGCACAGUGAUCGUAAAAUUAAGCCCAUUGUUGUCAAACUGGUUGAGGCACUGCACACACCCUCACAACAGGUUCAAGAAGCAGUGGCCAACUGCCUGCAUCCUUUAGUGCCAGCAAUCCGUGAUGAGUGCCCCAAAUUGGUCUCCAAACUCAUGACUGUGCUUUUGGAAUCUGAGAAUUAUGGAGAACGCAAGGGUGCUGCUUACGGGUUGGCUUCCCUUGUAAAGGGUAUGGGUAUUCUAGCCUUGAAGCAGUUGGAUAUCAUGAAUCAGCUGACAAAUGCUAUACAGGACAAGAAGAACUACAGGUACCGGGAAGGGGCUCUCUUUGCCCUGGAACAAUUAUGCAACAUGUUGGGAAAGCUGUUUGAGCCAUAUAUUGUGCAUAUUCUUCCCCAUUUGCUUCUCUGCUUUGGUGACACCAACCAAUAUGUAAGAGAGGCCACCGAUGACACGGCUAAGGCUGUCAUGAGUAAACUAUCUGCCCAUGGUGUCAAGCUGGUACUUCCAUCUCUUCUUGCUGCUCUCGAAGAAGAUUCUUGGAGAACUAAGACAGGAUCAGUAGAGCUGUUGGGAAACAUGGCAUUUUGUGCCCCAAAGCAGCUCUCCUCGUGCCUUCCAUCUAUUGUGCCUAGGCUUAUUGAAGUUCUGAGCGAUUCUCAUAUGAAGGUGCAGAAAGCAGGUGGUCAGGCGCUAAGAUUAAUUGGCUCUGUUAUAAGGAACCCAGAGAUCCAAGCCAUUGUGCCAGUGCUGUUAGCAGCUCUCCAGGACCCAACCAAAAACACAUCAAUGUGUUUGCAGACUUUACUGGAGACCAAGUUUGUACAUUUUAUUGAUGCUCCAUCCCUGGCCCUCAUCAUGCCUGUAGUACAAAGAGCAUUCCAGGACCGCUCAACUGAGGUGCGAAAGAUGGCAGCUCAGAUCAUCGGAAACAUGUACUCGCUGACAGACCAGAAGGACCUCCAACCUUACUUGCCAGGUAUCAUUCCAGGCCUCAAGGCAUCUCUGCUUGAUCCUGUUCCUAAGGUUCGCUCUGUGUCCUCUCGAGCACUAGGAGCCAUGGUUAAAGGUAUGGGUGAAUCCAGCUUUGAUGACCUCCUUCCAUGGCUCAUGCAGACACUUACCUCUGAAUCAUCCAGUGUCGACCGCUCAGGUGCUGCCCAGGGACUUGCUGAGGUGGUUGGGGGUCUUGGUCCAGAGAAACUUCACCGCCUCAUGCCAGACAUCAUUGCCACGGCUGAGCGUUCUGACAUCGCCCCUCAUGUAAAGGAUGGUUACAUCAUGAUGUUCAUAUUCCUUCCUACAGUUUUCCAAGAUGAAUUCACUCCCUAUAUUGGGCAGAUCAUCCCACCAAUACUUAAGGCUCUUGCAGAUGAAAAUGAAUUUGUCAGAGAAACUGCACUGAAGGCUGGUCAGAGAAUAGUUAAUACAUAUGCAGAAUCAGCCAUUACUUUACUCCUACCUGAACUAGAGGCUGGACUCUUCCACGAUAACUGGCGAAUCAGAUACAGUUCUGUACAACUGCUGGGUGAUCUGUUGUUUAAGGUAUCAGGGGUCUCUGGUAAAAUGACUACUGACACUGCUCAUGAGGAUGACAACUUUGGUACAGAACAUUCUCAAAGGGCCAUCAUUGACAUCCUUGGUGAAGAAAGACGUAACCGUGUGUUAGCCGGACUGUAUAUGGGACGUUCAGAUGUUGCUGUGCUAGUGAGACAAGCAGCUCUCCAUGUGUGGAAGGUUGUGGUAACUAACACUCCCAAGACUCUAAGAGAGAUACUUCCCACACUUUUCUCUCUUCUGUUGGGGCACUUGGCCUCUACCAGCUAUGAUAAAAGACAGGUUGCAGCACGCACUCUCGGAGAUUUGGUUCGUAAAUUAGGUGAGCGUGUACUCCCAGAAAUCAUUCCAAUCUUAGAGGCUGGCUUAGGGUCACCUGAGGCUGAUCAGCGACAGGGUGUCUGUAUUGGUCUCUCCGAGAUAAUGGCAUCUACCAGCAAGGAUAUGGUUCUUUGCUUUGCUGACAAUCUUGUUCCUACUGUAAGGCGGGCUCUGUGUGAUCCUCUAUCAUCUGUGCGUCAAGCUGCUGCUCAAACCUUUGACUCCUUACAUGGAACUGUUGGUUUUAGAGCCCUAGAAGAUAUCCUCCCGCCCCUAUUAGCAGAGCUAGAAAAUGAAGAUGAAACACGAGAAUAUGCAUUGGAUGGCCUCAAGCAGGUCAUGGCCAUCAAAAGCAGAGUUGUCCUACCUUACCUGGUUCCACAGCUGACUUCACCACCAGUUAACACCCAAGCCCUCUGUAUCCUCGCCUCAGUUGCUGGUGACACACUUACACGACACCUAAGCAAGAUACUUGUGGCCUUGCUUGGUGCCUUGAGUGAUACAGCUGGCACUCCAGAAUAUGAUGAGGCACUCAGUCACUGUCAGGGUGUUGUUCUUGCUGUUACUGAUGAGGCUGGAGUGACUACAAUUGUGGAUGAACUCCUUCAGCACUCAAAGGGAAGUAACUUGGGUGUAGCUCAAGCAGCUGUUGCUCUAUUGCUGGCCUUCUGCUCCAACACACGGGCAGACUACAGUGAUUAUGUACCCCAACUGCUGCGUGGCCUUAUCCACCUUUUCACUCACAAAGACGAAGAAAUACUCAAAACUUCCUGGCUUGCAUUAAAUGCCGUUACUAAGAGUUUAGAUGCAGCUGAUCAACGUUCUCUAGUGGCUGAUGUUCGUCAAGCUGUGAAAUUUGCUGCUUCUGAUUUGAAGGGUGAAGACUUGAUGCCUGGUUUCUGUCUACCUAAAGGCAUCCAACCAAUUUUACCCAUCUUCCGUGAGGCUGUGUUGAAUGGGGAACCUGAGCUAAAGGAGGCAGCAUCCAAUGGCCUUACAGAAGUCAUUCGCCUCACCAGCUCUGAUGCUCUCAAACCCUCAGUUGUACAUGUCACUGGACCUCUUAUUCGCAUCUUAGGUGACAGAUUUGCUUGGAAUGUGAAGGUGGCUGUUCUAGAUACAUUGGCUCUCCUGUUGGCCAAGACUGGUGUUAUGCUGAAACCUUUCCUGCCACAACUGCAGACAACAUUUGUUAAAGCAGUGCAUGAUCCCCAUCGAGGUGUUAGAUUACGGGCUGGUGAGGCACUGGCUCAUCUUAUCACAAUCCAUACUAAACCAGACCCACUUUUUACUGAGCUUCAUAAUGCAGUAAAGGUUGCUGAUGACACCUCCAUCAGGGACACAAUGAUCCAAGCCUUGAGGUGUGUUGUGAAACCUGCUGGAAAUAAGAUGAGUGAAGGUGUUAGGCGAGGUUUGGUUACAACACUUGGGGGUCUUCUUACACAUGAUGAUGACUCCACACGCCUCUGUGCUGCUGGGGCCUUGGGUGUUCUUCUACCUUGGUUACCUACUGAUGAACUACGCUCAAUUCUUACUCAUCAUGUUUUAGAGGAUAAUUCCAAUGCAGAUUGGACUAUUCGCCAUGGAAGAUCUGCAGCGCUCUUCUCAGCUUUGAAAUCUGCACCCACAAAAGUUUUAGAGGUGGCCACUGCAGAUCAGAUAUCUUCAACGCUGCUCUCCUAUUUAUCUUCUGAUCGUUUGGCCCUAGUGGAGAAUGCCAUGUCUGGUGUUUCCUUCUUCGUUAGUUAUCAACUAAUCAAUGGUGAUACUGUGCCUAUAUCCCUUAUUCAAACUUUUGCUAAGCUAAUCAACCACAGUAGUAAUGAAGUGAAACAGGGCAUGUGCCGAGCCAGUCAAUAUGCUGCCGAGUCAUUAGCAACAUCUAAAGGCUCCCUGUUGCCCACUGAAGUAGCCCGCCCUCUUAUACCAAUGUUGGUUAAUGGCACAAAGGAGAAGAACCAAGUAGUGCGAUCAUCUGCAGAAAUGGCUCUAAUUGCUGUGCUCCAUUUAAAGGAAGGGGACCAAGGAACACAGGUAAUGCUGGGUGCACUAGAAGGAGGUGGGAGAGAUUCUCUAAAUGAGGUGAUCAAUAAGUCUCUGCGCCGUGCCACAUACAUACCAGUGACUCCUGCAGAAAUAGACCCAACUCUUCUUACUUGAUUCAUCAGCUGCUCCUGGUAUAGAGAGGUUUCUGCUGGUGCUUAUUACAACUUCACCAGAGACAAACAGUUGUAUUCAGGAGAUGCAUUCAUGUUGGUUAACUCACUGGAUGCACACAUCCUUGUUGGUGCUCUGAACUCUGGUUCUGGAAUUCUACAAAGGUUCCACGCCAUGUUUUUUCUCCUUCGUCCAUUUUUGUUGUUUCUUCCGAAAAGAUUGGGGGUCAGUAAUCCUAACACAUAAAAAAAGACCAACUAGUUUGAUACUGUAUCUUCACCUGCAUCAUAAAAAUUAUAAUAAUACAGUAAUAAUAAUAGUUUGGGGACCCAUGAUUUCUGGUGAGCAUCAGUUAUGAUGGUGCUUCAGUAGUGUUUUGACUAACUUGGUCUUUAUUCUGAAUAUAACUAUGGACUGGAUUUAGGUAUAUUUAUUUGGAACAAAAAUAUUUUUGUGAUGUUUACAGCACAUUGCCAAGAAUCUAACCAAACAUAGGUUUUGUGUGUGUAUGUGUGUGCCAAGGAAUACUGUUUGACACAACUCUUAAUGCAGCCGUAUUUUAUUUUCUCAGCCUAAUAUCGUAAUACGUUCAUUUAAGGGCACAUUUAGGUAAAUAUGUAGUUUAUAUAGCACACAUUGAUAUAUAUAUAUAUUUGCUUGAUUUGCCUCCCCAGUCUUUAAUUCUGUAAAAAGAGUCCAUCAUGCAGUAAUCGCUAGCCAUUUCUCUCAAACAAAAGAGUUUAAUUCAAUUCAUGAGUGAAGUCAGACCUUGUUUAUGUGCCCAGUUGGUCCUGAGUUAAGAUUUUGGUCAAGAAAUAUGAUGUGUACCUUGAGCGUCAUCAACACAGAAGAAAGUUAAAUUCACUUAGUAAGCGCUAUAUUUUCCAAGUAAUUCUUAAGGAGGGUGAGUGCACGAGGGUAUACUGCACAAGAAACCAUGGAAGUGAAAAAAAAAUUGUUGUUUUACUUGUCUUACCAUCAUUUAUUUUGUAUCAUUGUUGUUGGAUUGUAACUGAUUAAUAUUGAUGCAGAUUAGCAGUACAUCAUUAAUCUCUCUCUUUCAGUCUCACAAUUUUCUUCAUUCUCAAUUUUCUUCUUUCUCUCCUCUUUAACUAGAGAAAAGAUGGUUGAGGCCAAAUUUUGACUAUCAAGCUAUUAUAAUUUUAUGCUAUUUGGCAUGAGGAAUUUUCAAGGACUUUAAUCUGCAUUAUAAGGUUAGCUGGUGACCUGAUCGAAGAAAGGUGGUCCGAAAUGUCAAGUUAUUAUGAGCUAAAUCCGUGAUGAUCAGUAAGGCCGCAGAACUAGUAAGUGUGCGUCUUUUUCCUUUGGAGUUUAAUUAAUAUUACUCUUAUAUCCUCUCAGUCUUUAAAUACUGUAUACCAAGGCUCGAAAUCAGGGGUCAUUAACUGCUAAGGCUUGGCCCAAAAUCGGUUAAUAAAAAUGUUGAUUGUUAGUAUGGUCAUGAUAUAGGUAAGUUAGUAUAAUUUCAUUUGAGUUCAUUGUAUUUUACUUGAACAUCCUUUUAGACUUACAGUAGUAUUGACACUUGUAUCCCAUUUCUUGGUCCAGGUCACACAUGUAAGAUUUUUCCCAGUCUUAAACUUUUUUUAUUAUUAUUAUUUAGAACCACAUACUAGUGAUAUUUUAAGUAUAAGACAAGUAAAAUAACAGUUUCCCCUCCCCAUAAAGGGUUUGAAGGAAAAAUAAAUAAAAAAUACUUUUCCUUGUUUUAUAUCAGGUAAAAGAUGUUUCUUAGGAAAAGUAAAAAAAAAAAAAAAAGAAUUCUUGA